GGAGCUUCGGAUUCGGGUCGGCGUCCGGGCACGAGGCGCCAUCCAUGUGUGACCGAGGCAGUGACUCGCACGGAGCCGAAAGAAAACCCUCCCAAAACCUCUCUGUAAGCCGCAGCCGCAGCCCCAGCCCGAAACCCUUCCCUUUCUCUAACGCGCGCACACAAGCAGAAGGGUAGCAGAACGGGGUCGGCUCCUUUGCUUUCUCCGCGAUGGGAUCCUCUGUAAGCCACGCCGCCGCGCCGCCACCGCCUCUGCCUUCGCCUUCGCCGCCUCCUUCCUCAGUCGGCCUCGCGGCGGCGCUACCACCGAAGCAGGAUGAGAAGGCCGAGCCGGAGAAAGUCGACUGGCUGAAUCUCCCCUGCCCCAUUCCCUUUGAGGAGAUCCAACGAGAGGCAUUGAUGUCCUUGAAGCCCGAGCUUUUUGAGGGAUUGAGGUUUGACUUCACAAAAGGGCUAAAUCAGAGAUUUUCACUGAGCCACAGUGUUUUCAUGGGAUCCAUGGAGGUUCCAUCACAGUCUUCUGACACGUUGAAGGUUCCUACUGCACAUUAUGAAUUUGGUGCCAACUUUCUUGAUCCAAAGUUGAUGCUUGUUGGAAGGGUACUGACUGAUGGAAGACUAAAUGCACGAGUAAAAUGUGAUCUGACUGAUAACCUCACUAUGAAGAUAAAUGCUCAGCUCACGAAUGAACCACAUUUCUCCCAAGGAAUGUUUAACUUUGAUUAUAAGGGAACAGACUUCAGGAGUCAGCUUCAAAUUGGGAACAAUGCAUUCUAUGGUGGCAAUUAUAUUCAGAGUAUUUCACCACAUUUAUCCUUGGGCACUGAAAUAUUUUGGCUUGGUCAUCAGAGGAAGUCUGGUAUUGGUUUUGCUGCUCGGUACAAUACUGAUAAUAUGGUUGCAACAGGGCAAGUUGCAAGCACUGGUAUAGUUGCACUUAGCUAUGUGCAGAAAGUAUCUGAGAAGGUCUCUCUUGCAUCUGAUUUCAUGUACAAUCAUUUAACACAAGAUGUUACUUCAAGUUUUGGGUAUGAUUACAUCCUUCGGCAGUGUCGCUUGAGGGGAAAGAUUGAUUCCAACGGUGUGUUUGCUGCUUUUCUGGAGGAGCGACUGAAUAUGGGUGUUAAUUUUAUUCUUUCCGCAGAGGUUGAUCACCGAAAGAAGGAUUACAAAUUUGGAUUUGGCAUGACCGUAGGAGAGUGAAGUUUUCUUGUGUAGUUUCUUCAGAAGAUGGAAUAACUGGUUUUCUUGGUUCCCUCGGCCUUUGGUGAUUAAAAGCUCCACAGUUUAUGGCUGCUGUGCGCAUAUAUGCUGAAGUCAAUAGAGAGAAACUUCCAUUAUUUAUGGUUUGAUGAGUUAGAUUUUUAGCAAUUUCCAUCAUCGGUAGCCAUUUGGUGAUGCGUCAUUCUGUUGUCAUGAUUUAUUCACUCAUGGAGCAAGAUCUUCAACAGGUUGCAAGACAAUGCAUUCCCUGUCACCUCAAUUAUGCGAGGACCAUACUGCUAGAAAGCCAAAGAUCAUGCUGUCGUCUGUGACUCGAUAUUUUUCAUGCUUUACUUGUCUAAUCCUACCCAGAAUUGACCA